AUGAAUGAAAUUUAUGGGACCUGUGACCCUGCCUUGCACUCUGUACGUGAUCUUCUCCAACAGAGAAUCGCCUCAAAGGAUGAACUAGGUGCAUCCCUCUGUGUGAAUGUCAAUGGGAAAAAUAUACUUGACCUGUGGGGAGGCCACGCAGAUGUGGCCAGGACUCGGCCUUGGCAGAAAGACACAAUUACAGUGGUUUGGUCGUGCUCCAAAGUUGUCACCAACUUAGCAGCUCUCAUCCUUGUCGACCGUGGUCUGCUUGAUGUGAAUGAGAAGGUGGCCACGUACUGGCCGGAAUUUGGAGCCAACGGCAAAGAGGAUGUCACAGUGGCCCACAUUCUCAGUCACUCUUCUGGGGUGCCCGCAUGGGAGCUUCCUAUAACGCUGGAAGAGAUAUAUGACACGAAAAAGGCUACCGAGAAGCUUGCUGCUCAGGCCCCCUGGUGGAUUCCGGGUGAGAGGAGCGGAUACCAUCUCACAAAUCAGGGUCACCUUGUCGGCGAAAUCAUUCGACGUAUAACUGGCAGACCACUUGAGCAGUUUGUGGCCGACGAAAUCACAGGUCCCUUGGAAGCUGACUUUCAGUACGGCGUACCAGAAGAACAUUGGCCACGCACAGCGGAUAUCAUCUCACCUCCACCGCUGCCGUUCGGCGAGCUGGAUCCGCAAAGUAUAACGGCAAAGGCGAUCGCGGGCUCACCUUUUCCCGCUGAGGCCUCUAUGACGCCAGGCUUCAGAAAAACCGUGUGCGGUGCGAACAAUGGAUUCUCCAAUGCACGCGCAUUGGCCAGAAUCGGAUCUAUCGUCUCUCUUGAUGGCAUUCUCGAUGAGAACAAGCGCAUCAUCUCAGCCAGUACCAUUGACAAAAUGCUCACGGAGCAGAUAAAGGGAACGGAUCUUGUCACCUUCGAUUUCCUGCGAUUUGGCCUUGGUGUGGCUCUGCCAGCACCGCAAACUUGUGCUUGGAUUCCUGAAGGACGAAUUGGCUUCUGGGGAGGCUGGGGAGGAUCAAUGGUAAUCAUGGACCGUGACCGACGCAUGACUAUCACCUACGUGAUGAACAACAUGUCUGGUAGAGGCACUCUGGGUAAUGACAACACCGAAGCCUAUGUCAGAGAGAUUUAUCGAGUCAUUGAUGGACUGUGCUCGUCGUCUGCAUAG